AUGUACCUACAUGGGCGCGACGACGUUCAGCAACAUGGCUUUGAAUAUGUACAACGUGAUCCUUACAUUACUGGUGGCAAUGCAUACAGCGCGCCUUCAGCGACCGACUUGGUCUCAGCUAUUUCCUCUGGGAUAGCAGCCCUUGCAGCCUUGAUCACACUCCUCACGGUAUGGGCUGCAGCUAUUCAGAUAAUCCAACGGCGUGAACUUUAUCGUUUGGGCACUUCGAAGAAAUCCCUCGGCCCAUGGAAAGAAAAGGUUGUGGCGCAGUCAUUCUCAAAAAUGAUGCAAACUAAAAUCACAACACCGACCAUUAGCUUGCCAAAAUUGGUAAAAAGCAACUGGAACCCCCAGGGGAUCGUUCUACAUACUCAUAAGUUUGGUCCAAGGAACCUCGCCGACGAUGAGCAGCCAGUGGAAGCGAGUUGGGUCAACUUUCUCGAUGUACUAACGAUUAAUCCCGCUGAAUCCAGCUUGUAUACGAUGCAAGCUGAGCCCGAGUUGGUGAACGGCAUUGUUCCGAUGCGCUGGAAGGGAAGUGAUCUGGUGGCAAUCUGUUCGAUGCUCUGUUUUCAAUCGGUGCUCGAACAGGAAAAGGAUGCACUUAUCCACUUCAAACCAAUGGCACUCCCCAGUCAAUGGCACGGACCAUUGGGCUGGAUACAGUUCAGGGCCAGUUCUGAUGGUUGCAUUGCUGAGUACCGGAAGAGAACCCCAGCCUUCAAAGACAUGUUGACUCCAGAAUUACAUCAGUAUUAUAGCAAUUCCAAGUUCCGAUCCCGACAUGUCUGCCUUAAAACGAGAGCUUGGAAUUCGAUCAACGGUUGGUAUCUUCCCAAUGACAAACCCCUCUAUAUAGGAGGCAGCUCGGAUUCUCGGCUCGACAACAAAAAUUCGGAUAAAAAGAAAACCUCAACAGAUAAGAUAUGUGAUCAAGUCAUGGAAGGAGGUCUGGACGAUAAUGAAAUUCGGAGGCUGCUAUGGGGAAAGAAGAAGAAUCACCCUGACGCUAUACGUACCGCAGCGCCCCCGGAGUCUCAAGGAAAGAAGUCGUCAUUGUUCUCCAAGCAGCUCGAUGAAUUUCUUGGUCUGAAGAGCAAUUCUGCCAAGGGGAAGUUAGAGGUACUGACACCGUGUCCCGGGCUGCUAUCCAAAGUUGUGCAGGGAGAAUUGAUAAUCAGCCGAGGGCUGAACCCCAACGAUUGCCGUGAACUUCAUCGCACAUAUGUUGAUCCGGACGACUGGGAUAGAGAGGCCUAUCCAUACAAAAUUGGCGAUUUCCGUAUGGCCGAGGCAGAGCUAAUAGUCUUGAAAGAGGCCUAUCUGCAACUGAAGCCCGAUGGCUUCUACUGGUCGCCGUCGAAAUGCCUCAGAAGCGACACCUAUGAGCUUAUGAAGCACAUUGAUCCUCUCUCGGACGAUCGGGCAUGUACGCACGUGAUUUCGGAAGAGGUCCGCCAGCAAUGGAAGGAUUACAUCGGAACACAAUCCAGCGGCUCUCCCAUUGCUCAAUUAUACUACGCCAUGCUUCUUUGCGACAAUCUCCAAAACAUCAAAGUUAGCACUGUCGCACGUUAUACCAUUGCAGAUAUGGGCCUCAUCUCCAAGGCUUCCGUGUCACUUCGUGGAAUUGUCGGCAACCGUGCUCAAGAUCUCAUCUGGGCAAUGAUAGCGUCUCCCGAACUUGUUUCCGAUUUGUUUCCUCUCUUCAAGACACUACAGGCGGAAGAUGUCUGUAAUGCUACCGUGAAAUGUCAAGAUGGUACUCUUGAUUGCAUGCUCCUGAUGAAGCUUCCGGAUUCACCACAUGGUAGUGCCCGGGAGGCCAAAUACAAAGUACCCCUACUGAAAGAUGGAGAAUUCUCCGGCAUUCAGUUACUCGCAGCAUUUUUCGACGUUUUUGUCACAUAUUUCUGGAUCGAAGAAUCAGUCAUCACCAAUGUCGCAUUAUACGAUGCGACAAUACCAAACAGUAUUACGAUGUGUUAG